AUGGACCCCAAAGUCCUCAUCGUCCUAACCUCCGUCGCCAAGAUCCCCGGAACCGACCACCAAAUAGGCUGGUUCUCGCCAGAAUUCGCGCACGCCUACUAUGUCCUCAAAGAGAAGGCAGAAAUGGUAAUCGCCUCCCCAGACGGCGGCGAAACACCGCUCGAUCCACCUCGGUGA